GGGAGGUAGCAGAAUGCCAGGCAGAGAGGGAUGCAGCAGAAUGCCAGGCUGCAGCAGCAGAGAUGGAAGCAGCUGAGCGCCAGGCAGAGACGGAGGCAGCAGAACACCAGGCAUUGAGGGAGGCAGCAGAACACCAGGCAUUGACGGAAGCAGCAGAACACCAGGCAUUGACGGAAGCAGCAGAACACGAGGCAGAGAUGGAAGCAGCAGAACGCCAGGCAGAGAGGGAAGCAGCAAAACACCAGGCAGAGAUAGAAGCAGCAGAACACCAGGCAGAGAUGUAAGCAGCAGAACACCAGGCAAAGAGGGAAGCAGCAAAACGCCAGGCAGAGAGGGAAGCAGCAGAAUGCCAGGCAGAGAUGGAAGCAGCAGAAUACCAGGCAGAGAGGGAAGCAGCAAAACACCAGGCAGAGAGGGAAGCAGCAAAACACCAGGCAGAGAGGGAAGCAGCAAAACACCAGGCAGAGAGGGAAGCAGCAGAACACCAGGCAGAGAGGGAGGCAGCAGAACACCAGGCAGAGAGGGAAGCAGCAGAAUGCCAGGUUGCAGCAGCAGAGAGGGAGGCAGCAGAACGCCAGGCAGAGAGGGAAGCAGUAGAACGCCAGCUAGCGAGGGCAGCAGCAGAACGCCAGGCAGAGAGGGAAGCAGUAGAACGCCAGUUAGAUAGGGCAGCAGCAGAACGCCAGGCAGAGAGGGAGGCAGCAGAACGCCAGGCAGAAAGGGAAGCAGCAGAAUACCAGGCAGAGAGGAAAGCAGUAGAACGCCAGUUAGAGAGGGCGGCAGCAGAACGCCAGGCAGAGAGGGAAGCAGCAGAAUACCAGGCAGAGAGGGAAGCAGCAGAAUACCAGGCAGAGAGGGAAGCAGCAAAACACCAGGCAGAGAGGGAAGCAGCAGAACACCAGGCAGAGAGGGAAGCAGCAGAACACCAGGCAGAGAGGGAAGCAGUAGAACGCCAGCUAGCAAGGGCAGCAGCAGAACGCCAGGCAGAGAGGGAAGCAGUAGAAUGCCAGUUAGAUAGGGCAGCAGCAGAACGCCAGGCAGAGAGGGAGGCAGCAGAACGCCAGGCAGAAAGGGAAGCAGCAGAAUACCAGGCAGAGAGGAAAGCAGUAGAACGCCAGUUAGAGAGGGCGGCAGCAGAACGCCAGGCAGAGAAGGAAGCAGCAGAAUACCAGGCAGAGAGGAAAGCAGCAGAAUGCCAGGCAGAGAUGGAAGCAGCAGAACACCAGGCAGAGAGGGAAGCAGCAGAAUGCCAGGUUGCAGCAGCAGAGAGGGAGGCAGCAGAACGCCAGGCAGAGGGAAGCAGUAGAACACCAGCUAGCGAGGGCAGCAGCAGAACGCCAGGCAGAGAGGGAAGCAGUAGAACGCCAGUUAGAUAGGGCAGCAGCAGAACGCCAGGCAGAGAGGGAGGCAGCAGAACGCCAGGCAGAAAGGGAAGCAGCAGAAUACCAGGC